AGCCAUGUCCACCUUGUUUCCCUCCCUCUUCCCCUGUGUGACUGAAACUCUGUGGUUUAAUCUGGAUCGGCCUUGUGUGGAAGAGACAGAGCUGCAGCAGCAAGAACAGAAGCAUCAAGCCUGGCUCCAGAGCAUCGCAGAGAAAGACAACAACCUGGUACCUAUUGGCAAGCCGGCCUCAGAGCACUAUGAUGAUGAGGAAGAGGAGGAUGAAGAUGACGAUGAGGAUAGUGAAAAGGACUCAGAGGAUGAUGAGGACAUGCAGGACAUGGACGAGAUGAAUGACUACAAUGAGUCACCUGAUGAUGGAGAGGUCAAUGAGGUGGACAGGGAAGGCAACAACCAGGAUCAGGACCCGUGGAUGAUCUAAGUAGACAAGGCAGGAUGGCCUCAAGGAGAUUCCAGGCCAACCCAACCUACCCUGUGACUCCUGCAGAACCAGCUGAUCACCCCAGUGCCUGAAAGUUCACCCUCAGGCACCUCCUCAGCUGCUGCCAGGACCUGUUCUCCUUGGCCCCUCCCAGGCCAUCAACCUGCCCUUGAAUCCCCAGGACCUGAGUCCACCCCACCUUUCUGGCCAGUAUC